UCUACUAGACGGUGUCGUUUGGUACCGCCCUCUUUCUAUUUAUCAACCCCUCUUCCUUAUCUCCAAAAUCUCCAAACAAACCGCCCCUCCCCCAUCGUCUCUAUCAGCCGGCGGACUUGCUACACCGUCCACUCACCUGUCACCUCACCUUCCCUCUUGAACCGAACAAAAGCAAGCCCUAAAAGAUCCUAUAACCUGAAAACCAAGAACUCCCCAAAGAAAGCUCGAAGUUGAGCCUCAUCGGCUGUGAACUCUCCUUCUGUUUUUGAAUUUCUCUACCUUCGAUUUGGAAGGCGGUUGUGCAAAAGAGACACGAUUCGUACGUAAAUCUAAAAAUAGAGGAGUUAGGGUUUUGAAAAAUUCCUAAAUGUACAACGGAAUCGGACUGACCACCCCUCGGGGUUCGGGCACCAACGGCUAUAUCCAGAGCAACAAGUUCUUUGUAAAGCCGAAGACGAAUCGGGUAACCGACGCUACCAGGCCUUUCGAGGCUGGUCAAGGCACCGCUGGCCUCACCACCAAGAAGCCCAAUAAGGAUAUCCUCGAGCACGACCGCAAACGUCAGAUUGAGCUCAAGCUUGUGAUUUUAGAAGAUAAACUCACUGAGCAAGGCUACACUGAGUCCGAGAUCGCUGAUAAGCUCAUCGAGGCUAGGAAGGCUCUUGAAGCUCAGCAAGAGAAAGAUGAGGAAGAAGGAGAAGUUAUACCUACCCCUACUCAUCAGAAAAAGGUUUCGGAUACACAAACUCACCAAGUUGCUGCGAGGAAGGAGAAGCAGAUGGAGACCUUGAGAGCUGCUCUCGGGAUUGGGAUUGAACUUUCUGAAUCUGCUGCUCCUCCUUUGAUGAAUAGUGAUAAGCGUGAGCAUGCCUUUCUAGAUAGAGAGCGUCCCAUUGCUACUGCAGUGGAUGUGGAUGACAUUAAGGUGAAGACAGACAAGAAAAAGGGCCAAACAAUUGGAGAUGAAAUUGACAAGUCAAAACACUGGAAAAAGAAAAAGGAGAAGGGGUCUAGGCAUCAUGACACUGAUGCUGAAACAGAUAGUAGUAUAGAGUAUUUGAAGAAGGCUGCUCGCAAGAAGAGUCGUAAGGGUUAUGAAAGUGAAAAUGACUCUGAUGACUUUGCCACUGGCAGGAAGAAAAAAUCGGCUAAGAAGCAUGAUAGACGCAGACCCCAUGAUAGUGAUGGUAAUAGUGAUGAUUCUGAUUCUGAUUCAGAUAGGAAAGAUGAUGAAACUGGCAAAAGAAAUGUUGACAAGCACAAAACAUCUCGUAGGAGACAUGACUCUAGUGAGGUUGACUCUGAUACUAAUGGUGGGAAAGAAAAGAAGAGAGGUGAAGUUCAAAGACAAAAGAUUGAGUUGAGUGGUAGCCACAGGAGAAGAAGGGACAAAAACAUGGAUAGUGAAUCUGAUUCUGAUUCUAACGGAACAAGAGAUCGUAAAAAAGUAACCGUUAAGAAAGGUCGUUAUAACUACGAUACAGAAGAGGAGAGUGAUUCUGAUACUGCAGGUGAUGGAAAAGUAGAAAAAAGUAGGGUAAGAGGUAGAAGACAUGAUUCUGAUGAUGAUGAAGAUUCUAGCUCCUCUUAUGAUAGGAAAAUUGGCAAGGUUACAGCACCAAAACAAAGAGUUGGUAGGAGGAGAUCAGUCUCUCUGACAGAUGAUAGUGAUUCAAGUUCUAGUGAUAAGGACUCUGACAGUAGUGAUCAAAAACAUAAUAUAAUUGGCAAGAAGAAUGUUGACAGAGACAGAAGAGGUCAUGGGGUUAAUGCAGACAAUCGUGGUAGAGGUAGUCAAGAAGAUAAGGAGUUUGCAUCUGGUGCAGCCAAGAAUUAUGAGAGGAGGGAAAGGACUAUUAAUCGGGAUGAUAGCUUGCGAAAAUUAGAGAAUAGUAGGGAAAUGAUGAAGGGUAAGAGGAAGCUUGAUGACAAAUACACUGAUGAGCAACCAGAAUCAAAGUCAAGAAGUCGAAACUUAGGAAAAGAGGUGGAGUAUGAAAGAUAUGACCCAAAGGUUGAUUCUAGGUUAGUUAGGUCUGGAGGAGAGUUUGAUGGUGACAAUCGUAAACAGGAUGACAGAAUUCAAAGUAAGAUCAGUGAAUCACAUCAUGGAAGUAGGAGGAAUGAUUGGGAUUAUGAAGACUGGAGAGGUGGUGGAAGGCAGAGCAAGGAUGAAGAAGAACCUCGAGGGAGAAAACAUGCAAGAGAUGAGAUGGACCAUAAAUAUAGAAGUCACGGAAGGGAUGAGGAGCAGCAGCAUGGAAGCCGCAGGCAGAGAAAAGGGGAGGAAGAUGAACGAGGAAAUAAAGGUCGUGUGAGAGAUAGACAGUUGGAUCAUUCUGUGAAGGUGGCAUAUGAUGAUGCUCGGUCUAGUGAGAGAAAAUCACGGAGAGAUGACCGGAGGUGAUGGUAGUCAGGGAAUAAUUGGUUGAAAGUAUGAAUUGCAACUACUUCGAAGGCUUUAUGGAGGCAGGGGAGGCCUUUUUCUGAAAGUGAUGGAAAUGGAAUGAUAUUUGGUGUUGUUAUUUUUUUUCUUUUUUUUAACCUAAUUUCCUUUUGUCGGUUUACUUGGUUGUUUUGUACAAGAACAAGAGAAUUUAUCAUAUGCUGAGUGAUGGAUUGUUCUGUAUAUUUGGGGAAGUAUUGUUGUUUUGGAUGUUAUGCUA